AUGUCAGUUUUGUCCACUUCCCAUAAUUUGGUGAGGUCGUCAGAGUACCGAUUUACUCGCGUCACAACAGAUGAUCACAGCGCGACCAUUUGGAUUGUCUCGGUGCUAUCGUUGAUAUACGUUGUCCUGGCAUUGGCUGUUCGCCUUGGAUACACGAAAUGGCGAGCACACGCUCUCGAUGAUAUUGUAGUCACUUUUGCGCAUCUGGUGGGCUUUGGCGUGUGGGCUUUACUAUUCAAAUCACUCAGGAACGGACUUGGAAAAUCGUUCAACGUUCUUAAUGACAUCGAGAUAUCUCAAGUACAGCAAUCAUUUUUCAAAGGCCGCAUUUUAUCAUAUGCUGCACUUACCUUAUCAAAAUGCUCGAUGCUCAUCCUGAUCCGCACUGUGUUUACACGUAACACCCAUGUCUCGCGCAUGUCUAUUGGCGGUUUACUCAUCGUUAUGAUAUGGGGGGUGUUCAGCAUUUCAGCAGUCUCGCUACGCUGCUCGGCGGAGCUUGUUAUACCAAAACAUGGCCAAGACCAUUGCGUGGAUUUCAUCCCAUGGCUGCAGGUAGUUACCAUUGGUGACAUAGUCACCGAGACACUCAUCACAUUACUACCGAUACUAGGUCUCUACAGCACGCAACUUCCCCUGAAAAGCAAAGCCGCCGUCAUGCUCGCCUUCUCCACGCGUAUACCCAACGUCGCCAUCUCCCUAUCCUACCUGAUCGCCUCAUCCACUUUCAUCACAAACAACCACCCACCCAUCGCCAUCAUCGCAACUGUAACCUGGCAAAUCGUCCUCUUAUCCUACAACCUCAUGUCCGCCACCACCCCGCUCCUCCGCGGCUUCACCCAAGGCUUCAAAACAGCAGGAAUGUCACUCUUCGACAUGCCCAACACCACCAGCGCCGCUGCGAGCGGAGCAACACAAGAUAGCGUUGAACUACGACUACUCCCGCGGCCCAAAAUGCUACCACAAGAUCUCGCCAUGUCAAUCAAUCGAACCGUGGUGCAUGGGGGUGAUGGAUCGCGUAGGUUGAAAGUAUGCAAAUGUGGAGGUGGAGAGCGGUAUCACGAUGAAGUUGCUUCGAUAUAUAGUUGCGGGUCGCAACGGAUUAUGGUGAGGAGGGAGUGGGAAGUCUCGGAUGAGUGA